AUGAUACAAUAUAUUACUGACCAACUCCCUGAGGAAACCGACACCCUGGAAGAAGCAGAGGAGGAGAAAAAGAGGAGGAAGGGAAAGACCGAAGAGAGGUUCUGGGCUGCUGUUGAGACUGAGGAUGUCUCUGGGUCAGACUCCAGUUGGUGCUGCAGACUGUGUCAGCGCUGCUUCAGUUCCUCCUGGCAGCUGACGGGACACUGUUGUACUGGCAUCGCGGGGGAGGACGGGGUCGCCCACGGCCACAAGGUCAAACUGGAGUUCCGGUGCCCAGUGUGUGGCGACCGCUUCCUCCGCCCCACAGCCUUCAUCAUGCACAAGCGCAGUCACAUGGGCCAGUCCCAGUACGUCUGUGGGGUCUGUGGACGGACGCUCAAGAGCCUGCGCAAGCUGUCCUCCCACAAGCGCUCACACUCCCGCCGCCGCGGGACUGUGGCUGAACGACAGCAGUGCCAUGACUGCAGCCAGAGCUUCUGUAACUUGACGGCACUCAGAAGCCACCGGGAGAGACAGCAUGGAGAGGAGAGGAACUGGAAGGAUGAGGAGGACAGUGCGGUGAGAGAGGAAGAGCAGGGAAGCACUGCAGUAAUCUCUAAUGAUUCAACCAGAGUUUCAGCUCAGCCUCCCCAGUCUCCUCAGUGCCACCAGUGUUUCAUGACCUUUCAGGAUGCAGAGACAGAAGAGAGGCAUUUACGCUUCAAGCACCCAGUAGAGUAUGAGAGACAUCUCAGAGGUCGCACAGUGUUUGCCUGCUGUGUCUGCGACCGUACAUUCUCCUCCUCCCGCCUGCUCUCAGCUCACCAACGCACCCACAGCAAGUGGAGUCUGCCCCCCACUGGCCCAGAAGACUCUGUCCAAGAAAGCACAGACGGAGGAGAGGCUGAGGGUGUGGACAAUGAAAAAAACAGAGCUGGUCCAACGAGCUGUGAGCACUGUCAUAUCAUCUUCAAUGACCCUCGAACCUGGGAACGUCACAUGACGGCCAAGCACCCCCCAUCCCUGUCGACACCUACUUCACCAGGGAAUGCCUACCUGACUUCUAGACCUGCCAGGGGUCAAUUACGACCCUAUCGCUGCUCCUCCUGUGGAGAGAGAUUCAUACAGGAGAGCACCCUGACCAAACACUGCACCGAGGCACACGCCAGCUGA